CAGCAGUCAGCUGAUCCAUGAUAGUUGAUACUUCGCACUCAGCAUCUCUCUGCGCCCAGUUUCACCCCUCCUAUCAACAACCGUAUCACCUGAUCGCGCGCUGCCCGUAGCGCGCGUCCUUGCAUGUUUUGCUGCUGCGCUAGCGCUAGGCCUAGAGGCUAGCGCUAUCCUUGACUCGAGCUUGCAGGAAUCGUACAACAAGAGUAGGCAGAGCUCGACGUGAAUGUUGAAGCUGCCCUCUAGCUCUGCUAUCGGCUGACGCUGGCACGGAAAUAGUAAUACAAAGCAAGUAGACGACGGCUUGGUCCAACUGACACUGCUCAUACUUGGUCAAACGUUGCAAGCUUUUCAAGACGUGUUAGUAACGUUGUGCAGACGCACUGUGCAUGUAGCGACGACGUUCAGCAACCCAGUGACGGUGAAGAAGCAUCUGCAAUUCCCUGUGAUUGUCAGGAGUGAAGACUUGUUUCUGAGGAGCCGCACUAUUCUGCGUGAACACUGCCAGCACAUCGUGACGCCUUCUCCUCCUCCUGGCCACCGCUGUCAUCUCCAUCAUGUCUCUCGGCUACCAUAACGUUCAGCUGCACAUCGAGAACUACAGCGGCGUGCCGAUGCGCUUUGAGAAUCUGGUCUACAGGCACGGCAUGAUCGACGACUACUCCGAGUGGCCCACUGUGAUCUCGCACAACUCCAGCGUGGACAUCAAGAGUGUGGAGCGCAAGUGGAGUGUACUCGGUGUAUCCGGCUAUGCUGUGUACGAUAUGAGCGGUACAAAGGUGGGCAUUGCGUUCAGCUGUCCGCCAUUUGUCGCCGGCAAAGUCAACGUGGCCACUGGAGGCGGAAGCAGUGUGUGGGAUGACAUGACGGACCGCGGCAGUGAGUUUGCCGUCAAGAUCAAGGUGGGUCAUAGCACACCGCUCAAUGUGCUCUGUGAGCGAAGUCAUGGCUGGGUUACAACCAACCUCUCCGUCAAGAUCUAUCCAGACCGAGAUUGAAGCCUACACGCGAUCCUAUGAAAGUCGAUAUGUGCCGCACCUAUCCACGCUUGAGCGUGAAUGUGUGUGUGUGUGUGUGUGCGCGCGCACGCGCGCGUGCGUGUGUGCAUGUGCGAAAGCGUGCAUUUGUGCAUACUAGCAAAGUAAUCUUCAGCCGUAUGUCAUAGCAUCAAUCCACAGUUCAUAGUAAUCAGUUCUUUAUAGCCGGGACAUGUACCCGGGAACCCUGAAAACAGAAUGGGCAGGAUCCUUUUACAGAAAUGGCAUAACUUAAAUUUUUCGUCUUGUUAUGGUUAUAGCUAGCCUACUCAUGGUAUAACUUCAUAGUCUUCAUCUUCCAACUCCGUUAUCCUGUAACUGCAUAUUCUUUUAGUACACAUAAUCAACCAGAGAAGUCACAGUGUUCCACUGAUGUAAGAGUGCUCCGGCUAUAUCCACCGUGAUUCAGAGAAUUUCACCCUGCCGGCCAGCAGCUCAGCGGCAAGUCCCGGGUUUCACAUCGAUGAUUCUACGUCAACAUCAAAUAAAACUAUAACUGAUUUUUAACGA